GCGAUCCCGGGAAGCGGGAACGGCAAGAUGGCGGUGCGAGCGGCGUUUGGGCCACUGGGACGGCGUCUCUGGCAGGGUUCGAGGAAUUUUUCUGUAUGCAGUUCCAGGAGCAGUACAGCCAAAAAUGGUGGCGUUCUUCUCAGCACCAAUAUGAAGUGGGUACAGUUUUCACACCUACACGUUGAUGUUCCCAAGGAUUUGACCAAGCCUACGAUAACCGUUUCUGAUGAACCAGACACGUUAUAUAAGCGCCUAUCAGUUUUAGUAAAAGGCCAUGAUAAGGCUGUAUUGGACAGUUAUGAAUAUUUUGCGGUGCUUGCUGCUAAAGAACUUGGUAUCUCUGUUAAAGUACAUGAACCUCCAAGGAAAAUAGAGCGAUUUACUCUUCUCAAAUCAGUGCAUAUUUUCAAGAAGCACAGGGUUCAGUAUGAAAUGAGAACACUUUACAGAUGUUUAGAGUUAGAACAUCUCACUGGGAGUACAGCGGAUGUCUACUUGGAAUAUAUUCAGCGAAACUUACCUGAAGGAGUUGCCAUGGAAGUUACAAAGACAAAAUUAGAACAGUUACCAGAACACAUCAAGAAGCCAAUCUGGGAAACAAUACCAGAGGAAGAAGAAAGCAAGUCAUAAAGUCUCAGCGUGACCACUUGUGCUGGGAUGUGAAGUGAGCAUGUCAAGUGGGGGGAGUCUCCAGGGAAGACAGUUUCAAGUCACCCUGACUGCUCUCCUGAGGCCGCAUGGCUUGAUCAGUAGAAAGCAGGGAUUGGAAGUUUACGAUACACCAGACUAUUAUGCAGGAACCACUUUAUCUAUUCUUUUAUACAUGUCAUUGUUUCAGUUCGGAUUUUAACAAAUGUGAGCAAACCAUUUGGACCAUUCUGUACCAAAACAGUCAAAUUCAUAUUUUGUUAUUCCACUGUUGUUCAAUUAUUAGUUUGUACUGAUUGUGAUUUGUAUCAUUUCAUUCAUCUACAAGUGAGUGUUUCAAAUAUUCCUCACACACAUUUCUUUCUUUUGAGGGACCUAGAAGGAAACUUUGGUUAAUUUAACACUGAGCAGUUAAAGUUUUUGAUAUUUACCUUAGUGCAGGCUGGCAUAUGCUAGUUUGGGGGUGGUGACCUCCAGGUUUUACCUCAUGUAAGCAUUACAUUCUUGAAAAUUGAUAUACUUUAUAGCAGAUCAAGCACAUUUGUGGCAUGCGCUGAACUCUUCUGUAGCCCGAACCCUUUCAGGGCUGCCUAGAAGGGUCACUAUAAUGGAAUUUGAGCUCUCAAGAAAUUACUGUAUCGUUUCAUUCAUCCUGUAAUUCAUUUAUUCAAUAAGCUUUUCUUUUGUUGACUUUGCACCCAGCACUAUAGUAAAUACCAAAAAUUGAAUAGCAAUAACAGCUUUCAAAAAUUGUGCAAGGCACAAAUAAAUACUUUUCCUUAUUAAGUUCCAUGCUGAUAAGACCUCUUUCUUUUGGUGAAUAGCACUCUUUUUGUUUGGGGAUGUCUAAUUUUCCAUAAAAUUAAAUAGUAGUUAAAGCUCUGAAAGAGGCAAGAUGACAGUGGGCUGAGGCUGUUGGUGUAUCAACCCCAAGGGAGUGAUACGUUUCCUUUUUACAGCAGAAUCCGGCCCAUGUCUUUUGUGGUUUCCUUCACAUCUUUGGGGUAGUUAUGACUUCUCAGUUUUCCACCCUUAAACUGGAGUCCCUGUUCUCUUUUCCCGACCUGCUAUCAGGUACGAGUGUUCUGAAUGCACACUGCUCAUGUAUCAGACUUACAUUACCGUCAUUAACAUGAAAAGAAUUACAGCCUUGUGCCCCAUGACCUCAUUCUUUUUGCAGCUCAGUUGUCAACUGUGUCAUUCACAAAUGCCUAAAGCAUGUCUGUCCCAGGUAUAAGCCUCAGGAUUAAGAACUAGUCAGUAAAACAAGAGCAGUAUAAUAGAAACUGUAUCUAGCAAAGCAGCCAUUGUGACUCAUUUUCAUUUUGAAAGAAAUAAUUCUUUAAAAAUAAAUGUAAAAAAAAAAAAAAAAUAAAUAAAUAAAUGUAGACCCACA